AUGUCGACUAUAUCGCCUCAGUUCGUCACAAACGACUCGCCCAACCCCGCAAAAUUAAAUGACACUUCCUUUCCCGACCCUUAUCUCUCGGCCCAGCUAGACCCUGAGCGGCGAAGAUCACGCACGCGCGAUGCCUCCUCUUCCCCUAUAGGUUCGCAUGUUCACAGCGACUCGCCCCGCGAUGAAGCACACCCGGCCUCUUAUUCUGAAUACCUCAGCCCCGCGGACGAUCUCUCCAGUGAGAUGAGUGUUCAUACGUCGCCAAGCGCCGAUUACCUGUCGGCAGCCUUGAGUACAGACCUAUCUCCAGACUCGAAUAGUUCGCAGCAUGACGGUGGUUUACAUCCAGGCAUGCGCAGCACUGCCUUGGACCCGAGCGAGUUGAACUCUACACAGAUGACUAUGGAUCCCUCUCAGUUACUCACUCCGAAUCUGACAAACAAAUCAAGCUUGUGUUCUGAGACAACUAGUAUCAAGAGUCAGACUGGUUCUAUUACCUUGCAGAACCAACCGCAGGCACUCACUCUCAUCACCGGUCCCCCCGAUGAACGUCUGGAUGUGCCCGUAGACCUUUGCUCUCCCAGGGCCAGAAGCCCAAUUGUCAAAAUUGAGAGUUUUUCCCGGGGCGAUUCGCCGGUAAGAGAUAUGCGGCGACCAAGUCAUUCUUCAACACACCUUUCCCCCGGUGGGCCAUCUAGCGAAUCCGACGAGGAAGCAGGGGUGGAUAAUGGCAGAUAUCUUGGAUCUGUACAAUCUGUCUCGCGAAAACAUGAUGGAUCCUGGAUACCAAAUGCGGCUACUGGCCACGCUGGUGUGGACCCUAUAUCCCGGGAAAAUGUUUACGUGCCAAGCCCGAAUGAGCUCGAGCUGCGGCGACAGUUGGAUGAGAAGAAUGAAGAUAUUCGAUCUUGGUCGGCCUCCGUCAGUGUGGCGAAUAGUGAGAAUGGCGAUGACCCAACCCCACACCCACACAGGGGUCGCAAGCACACAGGUAACCGACGCAGAGCGAAGAGCGCUGGCGACCCUUCGCUCCAACAAGAUUACUUCAACUUGAAAGUCGCUCUCAUCCCUGGGCCAGGCGUACUCGUCACAGAGAACAGCGAAGAGGAAUACAGCGAUCAUGAAUCGGACUGUGAGGGACCCGGCUCGGAAACCCCAGCUGCCAGUGUGAAUGAGGCAAGAUGGGCUUUGGAAGAACAGGAAAUGCCGCAUAGUCCUGAACAACUCAGUCCUGAAGGUGAAGAACCGUCACCUCAUCAGUUCCUGGGGCGACCUCCUUGGCGAGAUCUCGUGUCGGCCCCUUCGCCGGACAUGGCACGUACGCAGCCUACAAGCUCAACUGCAGCCAUGGUCGAGUAUGAGAGACGUGCGAGGGAUUUGGAUACUGCUUCGCGCGCGGCAACUUGGGGUACCCGCGACGUCGAUAUCAAUAGUCUCGUUGGUGCGGGGGGCUCCUUUGAAAAUUUGUCGAUCAGCAACGACAAAAGCAGGAAACACGAGAGGCGAAGCAGUCUCCGCAAACUGUUGCACAGGAAACCGUCCAACAAUCUCAAACCGCCUAACAAUCUCAAACGGCAUCUGUCUGAUCUGUCUCUUUCGCUACCUGGCUCCGAUGACCACAGCAAGGGCGACGAAUACAAAGGCUCCCAUCAAAGGAAGAACAGCUUCCCGCAUCGCAAACUGAGUCUUGGUCUUUCACCUAGGUCGCCUAGGUCUUCCAGGUCUCCUAGUUUGAGCACUGGAGGUGCCGUUAUUGCCAUAGCCGGGCAAAUGGCCGCCAUUGGUGGAAAGGAUACCCUUCGGGCGGCAUCCCCGAGUUCCACGAGCAACCCUUGGCCUUCGCUCAAGGUCCGUGGACGAAGCAGAAGUGAAAUACCGAGACCGUCAACACCUGGACUCAUCGACCUGAUGACAAGCCAUGGUGGGCCCCCGGUUGCCAACAUCGCAUAUUCACACUUACAGCCAGAACCUCGCAGCGCCCCACCAAACCAAACUCGACUAGGACAUGGCACCCGUGACGAUGAUGAGACCGACUAUAACAUGGCUGAUGAUAGAGGAUUAGUGAUGGAUCUUUCUGUUCAAUCACGCCUCCCCGUGCCUACAUUGGAAGGGUUCAGGACCCAGAUCGCUCAGCUAAAUCCCCGACUUCAACCGGCACUACUUGACCGCUUUGCCAACGAACAAGUUCGCCGCUACAAAAAGUUGGUGGAAAACAAAUUCACUCAUACUUGUGCGGUUAGCCAGAAGAGCUGUGCUUCGGGCAAAUUCUGCUUUGCCCAGGGCGGCGAGGCCCUCCUGUUGGCGCCUCGUGCAGGCCCCCAGGACUCAGAAACCCCCCAUACGCAAUUCCAGAUCCCUGGGCAUGGUGAGACCGGCGAUGAUUCUCAAGCCCUCGGGGAAAGUGCUGUCACCGCGGCACAGUUCCCUCCGGGGGUCCCUUUGCCGCCAGUCAAGCGGCUCCCAGCGGAGUUUGAAUGCCCAAUAUGCUUCCAGGUGAAGAAGUUCCAAAAGCCAUCAGAUUGGACCAAGCAUGUCCACGAAGAUGUGCAGCCGUUCACCUGUACCUUUGCCCAUUGUACCGAACCCAAAUCGUUCAAACGAAAGGCUGAUUGGGUACGGCAUGAGAGCGAACGGCACAGGCAACUAGAGUGGUGGACCUGUUCGGAGCCCGAUUGCAACCAUACUUGUUUUCGAAAGGAUAAUUUUGUACAGCAUCUCGUCCGCGAGCACAAGAUGCAAGAGCCCAAGGUAAAGAAAACCAAGGCCAAGGGAUUAUCCAAACAUCCGGUAGAUCCGAAUUCACCCGAAAUGCUGGCAGAGAUCCAGCGCGAGCGCGAGAUUGAGCAGCUCUGGAACCUUGUGGAGCAAUGUCGGCAUGACAAUCCGAAGGGGCCCAAGGAUGAGCCGUGCCGGUUCUGCGGUAACGUCUGCAGCAGUUGGAAAAAGCUUACGGUGCAUUUGGCCAAACACAUGGAGCAGAUCGCGAUGCCCGUGUUAGCUCUCGUCAACGAACGGAACCUGUCGUCCAACCUGGGACCGGAUUCUACUGGCAAGGACGAUCUCGGCUCCGAGCCAGAGUCGAUCUCGCGUGAAACCACCAGUUUUGCGCCCAAUCUGAACGGGAUCCAAGCUAGGGCAGACAUGCCAAUAGGCUACACACAGGCACCAUACCCAGGUCAUGACGUUGGGCAGUCCGACGGGCUUGAGGUCCCUUUCAGCUCCACCAGCGUUCCCCACUUUACCACCAUGUCAGGCGCGUUCAUAUCCGCCGAGCCGGAACCGAUGGACGCGUACGAUGAGUAUAGUGUGCAGGUGGGACUCCAGCCAGGGGGGCCCAUGGACCAGUCGCGGCUCAUGCCUAUGCACCAGAACUCAGUGACAUAUCCUCCCCCUUUCAACGCCGGGCCGCGCCCUCGGGUCUCCCAUCAGGAUAUGAGCGUAUUGCAAGAAUCGUAUAAUUUCUCCAUGUCCCCCACGGAGAUGCAACCGACCUAUGACCCCCGGUACAUGUCAUCUACGGGGGAGAAUGGCUAUGCCUGCCAAGGGACCAUGGCACCCACCAUGCCAUUCACUGCGCCCGGGACCUACCCAAACCAACUCUAG